AUGUGGUUGUUGAUCGUGAUCUUAGUGACGUGUCUCUUUUAUUAUUCCCGCCAUCGCUUGAGUUACUUCUCGUCCCGGGGUGUACGUACGUUGCCUCCGGUCCCGUUUUUGGGGAAUUUGACAGCUGUCACUCUUGGGCGGGAAAAUUUCGUGGAAGCGAUCGCGGCGGGAUACAAUGCCUUCAAAGAUCAAAGAUAUUUUGGCUUGUACCAGUACUUGGUACCGACCCUCAUACCUCGGGAUCCGGAGCUGAUCCGUCAGAUCAUGGUGCGUGAUUUCAACUCGUUCAUCGACCGAGGAGUACACAUCGAUGCUGACUGCGACCCACUGUUUGGGAGAAACCUCAUUAUGUUGACUGGAUCAAAAUGGCGAUCAAUGCGUGCCUCCUUAUCUCCCGCGUUUUCCGGAGCUCGCUGCCGCAGUAUGGUGCCGCUCAUGUCCGAGAGCGCGUGCGCAGUCCUCAACUAUUUACAGGAAAAGAUAACUGGCGAACAAGUCAUCGAUGUUAACACUAUAACAAUGUCUUAUGUGAACGACGUGAUAGCAUCAUGCGCGUUCGGCUUCGCGUCUGAUUCUCUCAAGGAUCCCAACAACUGCAUCUUCAGACUAGGGAAGAAGGCAGUCAUACAGGACACUACGCAAGUCAUGAAGUUUUUCGGUUACGAGAAUAUGAAGAGCAUUAUGAAGUUUCUAGGAGUUAAAUUAAUUCCCACGCAAGACGCGGAACAGUUUUCUCAGCUAUUCAAAUCUGCACUAAAGGCUCGUAGAGAAAACUUAGUGAAACCUAGACCUGACUUCAUUCAAGUUCUAGUCGACGCUGCUAAUGGGAAACUGAAAGCUGAUUGUGAGAAUGACGGCAACAACAACGAAUGCGCAAAGACCGCUGAGAAAUUCACAGACGACGAUCUAGUAGCUCAAGCAGUUCUCUUCUACAUAGCUGGUUACGACACCACAGCAAACCUGAUCUACUACUUCUUGUAUGAAAUGGCCAUCAACCCUGCAGUGCAGGAGAAGCUUCAUGAAGAACUGGACACCUUGCCUCCUGAAAACCAGAUCAACGAUAUGUAUGAAGCAGUUCAAGAAAUGGAAUAUUUGGAUAUGUGUGUGAAUGAGGUUUUGCGAUUAUGGCCUUUAGUUGGGUCGGCUGAUCGGCGUUCGGUCGCAACUUACGAUUUUGGUCCUACUCACCCUGGAAGCAAAGAUCGUCUUGUCGCGCCAGCAGGUAUACACGUCUGGCUACCAAUAUACUCGAUACAUCGCGACGAGAAGUUCUGGCCAAAUCCAGAUGUCUGUAUUCCAGAACGUUUCUCAAAGGAGAGGAAAGCAGAGAUAGUUCCCUAUACGUACAUGCCGUUCGGAAAUGGACCCCGACAUUGCAUUGGUUCCCGCUUCGCAGUUCUUGCAGCGAAAGUGUUCCUCGUGAAAUUCCUGAAGCAUUACAAGACGAAGGCAAUACGAGCAUCACCACAUCUCUCUCCACGCGCUUUUAUUCUAAGACCCAAAGAUGGAUACCAACUUAUUGUAGCACCUAGGACCUAG